CGGCACCGGAGCUCCGAUUGGAUUUGCUCGGUUUAGGCACUCUAACUUUGCAUACUUAUCGGCUUAUCACCGAUGAAUGAGAGCGCUGCACGCGCGACGCUUCCGUACAUGCUGCCGGGGAUCUGUGAACUGUUUGCUUUUAGCAAUCGGUGAUUGAAGCGCGCCAUUCAAUUUCUAGAUCAUCUAUCCGCCAAUAAUAUAAGUUAAUUAAUAGCUCCAAGUCUAUUAUGAAGGACAUGAGCCAGCUAACUGUUGUGACUGAUGAUUGUUUUUCAAGCUUUCUUGAACAUGCUGCUAAUAACAAUGUAGAGGCUUUUGAAAGAUCCAUUGAGCAUGAACCUUCUGCAGUUGAUGAGGUGGGACUGUGGUUGGUUCGCAAGAAAGGCUCAAAACAGAUUGUCAAUGAGGAAAGGACACCCCUGAUGGUUGCCGCUGCAUAUGGAAGCGUUGAUGUCUUAAAAUUGAUCAUUUCUCAUCCCGAAGUUGAUGUCAAUCGAACUUGCGGCCCAGAUAAAUGCACUGCUCUUCAUUGUGCUGCUUCUGGGGGUUCUGUUAAUGCCAUUGAAGUGGUUAAGAUGCUGCUCUCAGCUGGGGCUGAUCCUAGCAUUGAGGACGUCAAUGGUCAGAGACCUGUUGAUGUAGUUGUAGUUCCACCAAAGCCUCCUGGUGCUAGAGCAUCUCUUGAAGAAUUGCUAACAAAGAGUUUGUCUGACGGUGUUGUUGGUGAAUGUCAUUUGCAAGUGUCUCUAAGUACUAUAAGUACUUCCCCGCCAGAAAUUGGGUCGCCCCAUUCACUUCCGGACUUGGUGUCUUCUCCCAUGGCAUCGGAGUUCACCGACGCUCCUCCAAGUUCUGCACCAGAAAAGAAAGAGUAUCUGAUUGAUCCUUCUCUCCCAAACAUUAAAAACAGCAUGUAUUCAACUGAUGAGUUUCGUAUGUUCUCAUUCAAGGUGAGGCCUUGCUCUAGAGCAUAUUCUCAUGAUUGGACGGAGUGCCCAUUUGUCCAUCCGGGAGAGAAUGCACGCCGGAGAGAUCCUAGGAAGUACCACUAUAGCUGCGUGCCAUGUCCUGAUUUUCGCAAGGGUUCCUGCAGACGAGGUGAUAUGUGUGAGUAUGCUCACGGCGUGUUCGAAUGCUGGCUUCAUCCUGCCCAGUACCGGACACGCCUAUGUAAGGACGGAGCCGGGUGUGCAAGGCGAGUUUGCUUUUUCGCCCACGCUCCCGCGGAGCUUAGACCGUUGUAUGUUUCUACGGGAUCUGCAGUUCCUUCUCCAAGAUCAGCUGCAGCUGCAGCCGCUGCAACUGCAAGUGUCAUGGACAUGGCUGCUGCUUUGAGUCUCCUGCCCGGUUCACCCUCAUCACACGCUGUUAUGUCUCCUGCAUUCAACCAACCCAUGUCUCCCACUGCUAAUGGAGCGGCUUAUUCAACCGCCGGCUGGCCUCAACCGAAUGUUCCCACUCUGCAUCUCCCUGGAAGCAACCUCCAGUCAAGUCGCCUGAGGCUGUCACUCCAUGCACGAGAUGUUCCUCCUGAGGAUUACAACAUGCUGCAGGAUCUUGAUGCCCAACAACUACUGCUAAACGACAUGGCUUAUUUUUCCCAGUCACGUCCUAAUUCUACUACCUUGAGCCGUUCCGGUUGCUCUAAAAUACUAACCCCAUCAAAUCUCGAAGAUCUAUUUUCUGCCGAGAUCACAUCCUCUCCCCGAUAUUCAGAUCAGGCAGCGGCUUCUGGCAUUUUCUCUCCGUCACAUAAAUCAGCCGUGUUCAACCAGUUCACACAGCAGCAGAACAUGCUCUCCCCAACAACCAAUGGGAACGUGUUCUCUCCCAAAAAGGCCGAGCAUCCUCUUUUGCAGGCUUCAUUUGCUUCUUCUUCACCUGGUGUAAUGUCGCCAAGAGCUGUGGAACCCCUAUCAUCCCCAAGGAGUGCCCAACUCUCUGCAUUUGCCCAGCGUGAAAAGCAGCACCAACAGCUACGCAGCCUGAGUUCCCGGGAUCUUGGCUCCAGAAAUUGCUCAAUGAUCGGAUCCCCUUCGCGUAAUUCUUGGUCAAACUGGGGAUCUCCCAACACAAAUGUUGACUGGUCAAUGAAUGGGGAAGGGCACGGCCGCCUGCGAAGAUCAUCUUCAUUCGAAAAACUGAACACCAACGGAGACGAGCCUGACCUGUCUUGGGUACAAUCUCUUGUAAAGGAAUCGCCACCUGAGAUGAAAGACAAGUUUGCAGCCCGAACUUCGGGGACAAGUUUGCCAUCCGGUGAGGGUUUGACAAAAUCCAAUUCUCAAACCGAUUCCAUCGAUCAUUCUGUCUUGGGAGCUUGGCUCGAGCAGAUGCAACUCGAUCAGCUUGUAGCCUAGCCACACAAGAUGAUUCUUUGUUUCCUUCUUUUCCCUUUUUGUUUCUCUAGACACAAUUUUCAUGGUUUUAUACAGUUAUUAUUUUGGGCAUUAUUUUUUUGCUGGUGGAGAAGGGAUGCAUGUGGAAAAGCCAGACUCGACGAAGCCAAGGGCUGAAGACAACUGAGAUUAUUAUUAUUAAUAUUAUUAUUAUUAUUGAUUUUUUGGCACAUAUUUGUUUACAGCAGGUAAAAACUUCUCAAAUUGUUUGGCUGGGCUGUAACAAAGAAACCUUGUCAAAUAAGGGUAAGGUGUAACUCCGUAAUUAUAGUGAAGUGUCCACUCUAUAGUUAAUUAAACUAGAGGCUUCUAAUGUAUCCUGAUGCCUUAUUUUCCUGGACAGUAUUGCCCCCCCUGAUAAUGUAAUUCAAUGGAUGAAGAUUGAAUAAAGGCUCUUGUUUCUU